AUAUAUUUUUUUUUUUUUUUUUUUUUUUUUUGGGAGAGCAGAGAGUAUGCAAUAUCCCUCCACUCUCUUUUGGUCUCUUUUUUGGUGAGAGACAGACUUAAACUCAAAAUGUCUCUGCUCACCCAGAGGAAAAUACGCGCAUUGAUGGGACUUUUGUGUGCCAUGACCUUCUCCAUGUUUUUGUUCAGUUAUACACUCAGAGAACCUUCAAUGUACUUCUUCAGGUCUGUGCUGGGCCUGUCAGGAAGCACGUGUUCCUGUCGAUGCUGUAUCAAACACCACAAUAAUGAAGAUGAUUGGUUUAUGGAACGGUUUAACCAAUCAAUCCACCCACUUAUGUCCAACAAAAACAGAAUGCUCUCAGAUGACACAUACAGAUGGUGGCAGUGGCUACAGGUUGAGAAGAACCCAUCCAAUCUAACCAUAGUGUUGGACAGAUUAUUCCAGCUGAUCCCUGCCGAGGAACACUAUGUUGAUGCACAUCCAGAUCGCUGUCGUACAUGCUCUGUAGUCGGGAAUUCUGGGAAUCUUCGGGAGUCUCGUUACGGGUCCUACAUCGACUCUAGUGAUUUUGUCAUACGAAUGAACCAGGCUCCAACACAGGGUUUUGAAAAGGAUGUUGGCUAUAAGACGACUCAUCACCUUAUGUAUCCAGAGAGCGCCACCGAUUUAGAGAACUCCACAAGUCUGAUACUCAUUCCCUUUAAAACUCUGGAUCUAGAGUGGAUCAUCAGUGCUCUGACUACAGGAACCAUCUCAAAGACAUAUGUACCAGUCAAGGCACGGAUCAAAGCCAAUAAAAACAAGGUGUCAAUCUACAACCCAAGCUUUUUAAAGUAUGUGUAUGACUCGUGGCUAGAGGGUCGUGGGAGAUAUCCAUCCACUGGAUUCCUUUCUCUGAUAUUUGCAAUUCACAUCUGUGAUGAGGUGAAUGUGUUUGGAUUUGGUGCUGACCAGGAUGGAAACUGGCACCAUUACUGGGAGGAUAACAUGCUGGGAGGAGCAUUCAGACACACAGGCGUCCAUGAUGGAGACUAUGAGUACAACAUCACACUGCUCUUAGCAGACAAACGCAAGAUCACGCUAUACAGAGGAGGCUGAGCUCACACAUGGGAUUUUCCACAAAGCCUUUGAGGCUGUUUGCAACCUUUGCCCAUAUGCUGCAGACAUGGUGUGUCGCUUUCACUGACUGACUACAUGUUAAUAUUCAAAGCUGAUUUUGCACAUCACUCCGGAUGUAUUUAAUACUUCUUUUGAAUCAGGUAGAUGUGGUAGAAGUUGUUAAAUUAAGACAUUUUUUGUUUUGUUUUUUUUUAGAGCAGGGGUCCAUCCUGCAGAGUUCAGCUCCAACCACAAUCACACACUCCUGAACCAUCUAAUCGGUUUGUUCACUGUUACUUAAUAAUUACAGACGAGUGUGCUACAGCAGGGUUGAAACUGAAGUCUGUAGGAUGGCAGCUCUCCAGGAGCAGGGUUGGAGAUCCCUGUGGUUUCCCCCUUAACAUUAUUUUUCUGGCCGUUCUGUUUUUAUUAUAUAUGUAAAUUUCACUUUACAUUUCUCAGUUUCAUUCAUUUUGAUAACAUGAACAAUGUGCCAUGGUUUAGUGUAAGACUGCCACCAUCUAAAAACACUGCAAAAACACUUUAUUAAAAUAACAUGAUUUUUUUUUACCUAUAGCCACUAGAUGGCUGCAGAGGACCACACAUUGGCUCUUUUGUCAUUUCCAUAUAGGCAUGCAUCUGUUUUUCAUUUAGAUUUAUAAGUAGACAUUAUAAAUUUAGUAUAAUAAUAAUAGAAUAAUAAUCAUUAUCAUCAUCAUCAUCAUUACAUAAAAGUUUUAAUACGUUUGUACUGUUGUUGUUUUUUUCUUUUUUUUUUUUUUUGUUCGUUUUUUUUUUUUUUUUGCAAUUAUGCUACAUUAUUACAGUCAAACAUGGUGUUAUGUUUGUUAUAUGUGCAUGUAUGUGUGUGUGUGUUUGCAUUUGUUCACCAUGGUGAGGCGUGAACACAAGCGUUCUGCACUGUGGGUGUUUUUUUCAACUUAAUUUAUGUGCAUGAAUGUUUUGCAUUGUGGCUGAUAUAGGCUGAUAUAGGCUGAUUAACAUACAAUUAGAUAUCAUUUCAAUGUUAUAUGUAUAUUUAAUACAUAUUUAAUACAUUUGAUACAAUUAAAACAUUUAUUACACACACACACACACACAAGUCUUUAUAGACCAAACAGCACAGGAAAUUGUCAAUUCAAGUGAAGUCACCUUUAUUUAUAUAGCACUUUUAAUGAUACAGAUUGUGGCAGCUUUACAGUAUUAAAUAGGAAAAAAUGUGUGUAAUAAUGAAAAAAGGACAACAGUAAACACUCAAUUUUCAGUUAAAGUCAAUUCAUCAUUGAUUUAGUGAUGUCACUGUCCAGCUCAGUUCAGUUCAAAUAGCAUCUGUUGACGAUAUUGCUGGAAUUUAAUUGGAAACGUGAUGUGCUCUAUCUCACCUCUGAGGUUUUGAACUUCUUAACUGUAUCUGAUAAUUAAACUGUCAUUGUUUUUACAUGGUCUGUAUAAUGUAAAAAAAAAAAAAAUAUAUAUAUAUAUAUAUAUAUAUAUAUAUAUAUAUAGGUUAAUAAUGUUGUUAUCUGUUAAAGAAAAGUAUUUCUUUAGAAAUCCCAUUCAUUAAAAUGUAUUAAUGUGUCCAUAUACAUUAGAGAGGAUCACAGGAAACAUGUAAAUGGGGUUAAUGAAGUGAAAUGUUUGUUGAUGGACUAUAUGGAUUAAUUCAUGUGAAUUAAUACUUCUAGUGCCUUUUUUUGUAAAAUAACUGUGCCUUGCUUUAGAAAAAAUAAAUAAAUACAACAACAACAAUAAUAUUAAUAAUAAUAAUAAUAAUAAUAAUAAUAAUAAUAAUUAAUUUUCUAAAUCAACAUGUCUGUUUUGUAGGUAGUGUACACUAAUUCAGUGGUAAUUUUCACCAAGACAGUCAGCUAAUAAAUCAAUAAAUAAACAGUUUUGAUCCUAGUUUUG